AUGGCGACGUCGCCGACCAAGCCGGCCGGCGGCAGCGAGAAGCCGACCGAGAAGCCACCAGAGAAACCCAAGCUUGUACAGUCGACGACGCCGGCGUUGGAUGUCGAGACACACCCGUUGCUCGCGAACCUCAAGCUCGACGGAAAGGAGACCGGCGCCUACAUGCUCUGCAAGUUUGCAGACGACGUGCUCGGGCACCGCGCACGCCAGAUCUUUCGCGAGAAAGCGUCGUCAAUCAAGGGUGAAAACGGAAUCUACUACUACCUCAAGGACCUCUUCAAGACCUUCUCAAUGGACGAACUGCCAUCGUCGGCCAAACCCGCCAAGUCGAUGCGCUCCCUCAUGGCACCCAAGCCGCCACCGCGAACCGCGGCUGAUUACUUCCUCGAGGAGCACCAGUUCCGGAAGCUCAUGGCGAGCGACCCGGCGUUCGAGUGUCUGGUAGCGCAGGAAGACACGUCGAUCCUCUUUCAGCGCAUACUCAACAGCGCGAGCCGCACCAAAGUGUCGCUCUUGGACUUUCUCGAGUUCUGCCUCUUGAACCGCGUGCAACUGCUCGUGCUCCUCUGCAAGUACUGGCACGCACUUCGGAAACUCAAGCUCUCGGAUAACGAGCUCCUCGAGAUGUACCGCCGCAUGACCGAUAUCCACAACGACAGCUGCUUGGCGCCAAAUUUGUUUGGGAAUGCGAUCGGGCGCGAGUUUGACAUCGUGCUCACGACGGGGGAAAUCGAUGUGCUUUUGCACCUCUUGGACUACGACAACGAUGGCGUUGUCAAGCCCACGGACUUUGAAAUGUUUUACAAGGAUACGGAUCGCUUUCACUCGCCGACAUUUGAAGAGCUGCCUGCGAUCUCCGACCUGCGGUACUCAACGUCGGACGAAGAGGCGGCCGAGUUCAAGCGCGAAGGCUACGAGGUCUACCCGCGCAACGUUUGGACAUCGCACUCGAAUGGUCAUUUGUACUUUUGGACCAAGCGCGACCCCACCAAAGUCCCGAUUGAAGCGAUUGCGUACUCGGCGUCGAACCAGGACAAGGACCUCAUGGGCCGAGGCUACGUCUGCUUCAAUGGCGCCAAGCCUUUCUACCGCAAGUUUAUGUACCUCAAGUUUGCGCCGUGUAAACCAACGGGCGCGCAUCAAACCCCGGCACUGGUCGACUUGUGCGUCACGGGGGUAGGACAUCUCGUGGACGACCAAUCGGCGACGCUGUGGAUGCCUCCAUGCCGCGGCUUCAAGCGCAUCGAGGGCUCGCUCGACCAAAAGAUUACAAAGCGCGGGGUCUUUUUGUGGACCCGGUACGACUUGUCCGACGUCGUUGUGCACGCACCGGUGCUGUCACCGACGACAGGCGCCGCGACGAGUGCGAUUCCGAUCGAAGAGAUCGACGCCCUCGAGCACCAGAUCCGCACCACUGUGCGCCGGCGUUGUCCCACGGACGCCGACGGCGUCUUGAAUUUUCUCAAGCUCUUUCAAGCCUUUGACGUCAAGAACCGCAAGUACUUGACGAUCGCCAAGGUGAAAGCCGGUCUCGUCGGUCUUGGUUGCCGGCUCGACCCCAAGCGGUUCCAAGAGGUCUGGAAACGCAUCGACAUUGAGGGCAAAAAGAAAAUCGACUACGACACUCUGCUGCUCUUUGUGCUCUGGACCGACACGGAUGUCGACGCGAUCGCAGAGCGGCUGCAGCGAUCGCUCACGAGCGCAUCCUCCAACUACCGCGUCGUCUUUACCGCGCACAACGCGAUUGGCGACGGUCGGUGGGCACGUGGGGACUUCUUGCGCCUCUUGAGCGCCCAACAAAUUCUCGUCGCGCCAGAAGAACUCGCCAAGAUCAUGGCGCGCUUCGACGUCAACAAGGACGGCGUUGUCGACUAUGCAGACUUUCUCAAAUUUGUCACUGGCGUUUGCGACAUCCAGGCGCGGCAGGCCGCACGCAUCGCCCAAGCCGCGAGCGUUCUCCAAGGCUGGGCGAUCGAGCAUCAAAACACCAAGCUCGUCAAAGAUGGCAACAUCGACUCGAGCGCGUCGUGGAAGCGCAUCAAGUCACAUGACAAUAUCCUCCGCGUACCCAUGAUUGACAAGAUUUUACGCCAGCACAAGGUGCGGCUGAGCCCGCUCGAGCUCCGCCAGCUAUGCAUUGUCAUCUCGCCCAACCCGCCCCCUGGCGCUGUGCCUGGCCAGAUCACGCAGGCUGCGUACCAUGCCUUUGUCAACCACAAUCCAAAGAAAAUCUCGUCGCUGCUGCUGGCGGGCAAGAAGCUCGUGGGGCCGCACCCGACGACAGACAUUGACCCGGUCUACAACCGCCUCAACAGUCUCGGGACAGGGUCUGCGUCGCUGCCCGCGUUGCACAACCAUCUCUCGGAGCUCGCGGACCGAAGCAAGCAUCCCGUGCAUUGA